GAAGCCGGGGGCGGGGGCGGAUGGCGGGAGCCUGGCCGCGAGGCCGGGCCUGGCGGGGAGCGUGCGUUCCCCGGGCCCUGCCCCCGUGCCCCUCACCCCGCGCGGCCGCCGGCUGGCGAGUGGCGGUUCGCCGGAGCGCGUCGCGCAGCGCCCUGGGGCCCACGCCGGCGCCGCCCCCUGGGCUUUCCCGCCCGAGCGAGGUCGCCGCCCCGGGACGCGCCCUCGCCGGCUCACCUCUCGGCUUCCCCGCGGCCGCUCGUGCGCCCCGCGCGCCGCUCGCCGGGAGGCGCCUGCGCUAGUGCCGCGGCCGCCCCGCCGCGCCGGACGCCGCUGCGCUCAUCGCCGCUCGGGACGCGCCGCGUUAUCACCUCCGGGGCAGCCUCCUCGGAUGUUCCGAGUAUUGUUCGGUGCGAUGUGAACUUUGUAUUGUUGCCAAAGUCAGUGAUGUGAGAAGACCUGACAUGGAUGAUACUGCUGACAGGGCGAGGAUGGAUGCUAGCGAGGUGACGGUCAUGAACCACGGCUCUAUCCUCAAAUCAAACUUCCUGCCACAGACAGGCUUUCUCAAGGACCAGCCUUCACGUUCUGACCAGCAGAUUUUACCUUCCAGGCGGGAUUUGGAGUCAUCCUUUGCUUGCCCGAGAGGAAGUGCAGCUUACAACCCAAAUCACGACUCAGACAACCCUUUCUUAGACAGUUUUCUUGGCUCAGGAGACUUAAGAACCUUUGGCCAGAGUGCCAAUGGCCAGUGGAGAAAUUCCACUCCCACAUCAAGCUCAGCUUUACAGAAAUCAAGAAACAGCCGAAGUCUUUACCUCGAAGCCCGAAAGACCUCAAGUGGAUUAUCAAACACUUUCACAGGAAAGUCAAACCAUCACUGCCACGUGUCUGCAUAUGAAAAGUCUUUUCCUAUUAAACCUGUUCCAAGUCCGUCCUGGAGUGGUUCGUGUCGUCGAAGUCUUUUGAGCCCCAAGAAGACUCAGAGGCGACAUGUUAGCACAGCAGAGGAGACGGUUCAAGAAGAAGAAAAAGAGAUAUACAGACAACUACUGCAGAUGGUCACAGGGAAACAGUUUUCUGUAGCAAAACCUACCACACAUUUUCCUUUGCACUUGUCUCGAUGUCUUAGUUCCGGUAAGAACAUUUUGAAAGACUCGCUAUUUAGAAAUGGGAACUCUUGUGCAUCUCAGAUCACUGGCUCUGACUCUUCAUCCUCCGGAUCUGCCAGCGUGGUCGCUGCCCAGGAGCAGCUGCCCCACGGUGUGUCUGCCCUCUCCUCUUAUACCCCUAAUGUUGGUACGUUUGGAUCCAAAGAUUCAGACCCUCUUCAUCAACCCCUCCGGCAGCACUGUCUUCCACAUAAGCCGGACAACUUACCAGCUUCAAAUUCACAAUCUGAAGGAUCAGACUCUGUGAUUUUACUCAAAGUGAAAGACUCCCAGACUCCUGCUCCCAGCCCAACUUUCUUCCAGGCAGAGCUGUGGAUCAAAGAAUUAACCAGUGUUUAUGACUCUCGAGCACGGGAAAGGUUGCGCCAGAUUGAAGAACAGAAAGCACUGGCAUUGCAGCUUCAAAACCAGUACCGUUCAGUGUGUGUGAUGAGUAAUGGAUGUCUUGAUCCCGCUCAGAGGCUGCAGGAGCAGGAGCAUUCAGUUCACGACGCAGUAGAGCUGCGUCUUCGUGUGCCUCUUGAAAAGGAGAUUCCUGUCACAAUCACCCAAGAAACAGAAAAGAAAAGUCAUAAAGGAACUGAUAGUGAAGAGGAAUUUCCUGAAAUUACAGAGGAAAUGGAGAAAGAAAUAAAGAGUGUGUUCCGUAAUGGAAACCAGGAUGAAGUUCUCAGUGAAGCAUUCCGCUUGACUAUUACCCGCAAAGAUAUUCAGACGCUAAACCAUCUGAAUUGGCUCAAUGAUGAGAUCAUCAAUUUCUACAUGAAUAUGCUGAUGGAGCGAAGUAAAGAGAAGGGACUUCCAAGCGUGCAUGCAUUUAACACUUUUUUCUUCACUAAGUUAAAAACAGCUGGUUAUCAGGCAGUGAAACGUUGGACAAAGAAAGUGGACGUGUUCUCUGUUGACAUUCUUUUGGUGCCCAUUCACCUGGGAGUGCACUGGUGUCUUGCUGUUGUGGACUUCCGGAAAAAGAGCAUUACAUAUUAUGACUCCAUGGGCGGGGUGAACACUGAAGCCUGCAGGACUCUCUUGCAAUACCUGAAGCAAGAAAGUGUUGACAAGAAAAGGAAAGAGUUUGACACCAACGGCUGGCAGCUCUUCAGCAAGAGAAGCCAGGAAAUUCCACAGCAAAUGAAUGGAAGUGACUGUGGCAUGUUUGCCUGCAAAUAUGCUGACUGUAUUACCAAAGACAGACCAAUCAACUUCACACAGCAACACAUGCCAUACUUUCGGAAGCGGAUGGCCUGGGAAAUCCUGCACCGGAAGCUCUUGUGAAGACCAUCCUGGUUGGUGAAUGUUGAUCCUGUUGGGGACCAGCCUUUUGCCGUCUGGCCAGAGACCUUGAAAACAACUGCUCCCAGCCCUGUGUUCUUAUAGAACCCUUUGCCCCUGGACAGGCCCUGGCGAGAUGCGUUCACAAGCACAUCUGCCUUUUGUUUUGUAUCUCAGAUACUAUUUUUGCAAAGAAAUGUUGGUGCUGUGAAAGGGGUGAGGGACAUCCCUGACUGAGCUGAAGAGAGAGACUCUCUUCAUGUCUUCAGUUCUGCCAUCUUGUUCUCUAAGGGCUCCAGACUCACUUGGCCCCUAAUGAGGGGACUGGGAAAAGCUUGGAAAGGUCUUGGUUUGCCAUAAACUCCUGUUAGGCCUUACUAGGAUGUAGGAAAGGGCAUGGACAAAAAGUAGAGCUACGAACCACCAGCAUUUCCGUGCACCAACGUCCACAUACACCUGAGCACCCCUCAGGAUAGGUCAUCAGGAACGUGACUCUGAACUGGAUGCCAGCUUCUCAGUGCCCCUGUUUGAAACCCUUCUGCUUCCAGACAAGGUUGUUUGGUCCUCAGUAGCUUUUUCCCUUCCUAAGGCACAGCACAUGAGCCUUGAAUGGACGCCUCAAAAUCCCAAGCUGUCCUUUCCCUCAAAGUAGGGGCUUGCAUGUCUGAGGACACAGGAUACUGUCCGCAGAGCAGCCUGGAAGGAGCCAAGGCAUGGCCACUUGAGCCUUGAGCCUGGAAUUCCAACCCUGGGUAAAUGCAGGUCUACCUGGUCUGUGGCAACUUGGUUUAAAUGUAUUUCUGACCACAGAGGAUUUUAUAUAUUUUACAGGGAUAUGCUUUUUUUAAAAAGGAAAGACUGAAUGUGUUCACCAUUUAGCCUGUAGAUUGAUUCCCAAUUUCCAAAUCGCAGCACACUGAGGCCCUGCCCUGUGUGUACUUGCUGACAGCUCCUUGAGGGACUCUGGCUCUGCAGGUGGAUGGUGUCCCAGCCGAAGGGUGAUGGCCUUUGGGUGUUCCACUUAGCUCCUUGGUUCUUCCCAGCAUCCCCCACCCAGAGCGCCUCAGGCUUGGAGGGAAAUGACCCUCUGCCAAUGUGGCUUUUGUACUGAAGUUCCCAGACAGGAGCAUUUUCUAUUUCCUGUAUUGUCCUGGGUAGUUUUGUAUGAAUUCUCCUCCCUGACCCAUCCCCGGCAGCAUUGUACUUUCUCCCUGGGCUUCUUGGAAGAUUUUACUCUGUUUUAUACCAAGCUUGUUUAGUACAUUUUUCUAUGUUUUACCACAGUUACAAUUUGAAAAGAAAACUAUUUUUUUUAAAUAUUCCAUUAUUAACUGGUUGUUA